CAUACCCUGAGUCCACGUACAUUGAUGUCCUCGCAAAAGACCUUUAUACGACGAUGCUUACGUCACUUUUUACGACGAACUGUUAGGACCGAAUGCCGCCCCGGUAUUAGCCUUAUGUUGUGGGCCACUCUCCGUAGCGAAAUAAAUCAUAGGCACAUUAUAAGCUCCAUAUUUAGUAGCUUGUGGCUUGGAUCUAGAUUGCAUUUCCAUGUAGCCUUCCUCCAGCUUUCCAUUGAUUGA